AUGUCGACUUCAAAGAAGAUCGUGUUGAGGAGUUCAGAUGGAAAGACAUUCGAGGUGGAAGAGGUCGUGGCAUUGGAGUCGCAGACUAUCAAGCUCAUGAUUGAAGAUGAUUGUGCCGAUUCAAUCAUUCCUCUGCCGAACGUAAGCAGCAACAUCUUGUCCAUGAUCAUCGAAUAUUCCAAGAAACACGUGGAGACCCCCAAGUCCGAAGACAACACUUCCGAAGAUGCUCUCAAAACUUUUGACACCAACUUUGUCAAAGUCGACCAAGCCAUUCUCUUCGAUCUCAUCUUGGGUGCAAACUAUUUGAACAUCAAAAGCUUAUUGGAUCUGACAUGCCAAGCAGCAGCAGACAUGAUUAAAGGGAAGAGUAUAGAGGAGGUCCGCCAGAUUUUUAACAUCAAGAAUGACUUCACUCCGGAGGAAGAAGAGGAGGUUCGUAAGGAGAAUGACUGGGCGUUUGAGUGAAUAUAUGCUAUAUUAGUAUAACAUAUGCUAUGCACUUUUUUUUUUUUUUACAUAGGUGAAAUUUUAUUUUUUACUCUUUAAUUUUUUUUGUGCGAAAAGUUUCAACUUCCUUUCCAAAUAAUAUGAAUCUUCUUUAUUGGCAUGCUAAUAUAUAGUAUAUAUGUAGAGGAUAAUAAACCUAAUUAUUGAAAACUAAUUAUUGAAAACUAUUAAAUCCAACCGAAAAAAAGAAAAAAGAAGU